AUGAAGAGACAAGUGUCGAUUCAAAACUUUUUUGUUAAGAAACAGAAUGUCACUAAUAAUGAAAUUGAAAUUAGUAACAGGAACGUUUCAUCUGCCAUUGUUGACAUCGUCAAUAUCGUUAAUACUGACAAUUCUGGCAUAGAUAUGCCAGUAGCUAUCACGGACUGCAGUCCUAACCAAGAAGUAACGAUUAAUCGUUAUGACAUUGGGAAUUUUUCCAACGAAAGCUCCGUUCGUUCUUUAACUAACGAAGAACGACUUUCAUUUUUUGACAAUGUUUGGAAACCACAGUGUGAAUAUAAAUUUCCAAAAAUAUCAGAUCUAAAUCAUACUCGAACUUUUCAAAUGAAAUGGCUUGAAGAAUAUAAAUGGGGCCAUCGUGAUAGUGGACGAAUAGAUCUUAAAGAGCCAGAAAACAACGAUGGGAAUUUCAGGGCUUUGCUACGAUAUAGGGCUAAUAGUGGAGAUGAAUAUCUUAAAAACCAGCUGUUAAAUAGCGGUGGAAAGAGUAUGUAUACCAGCUCAGUAGUUCAGAACGAACUUAUUACUACGUUCGGACAUAUUAUACAAUCUAAAGUUUUGUCCAACGUAAAAAAGUCAUUGUUUUACUCUGUAUUAGCGGAUGAAACAACUGACAUCAGUCAAGUUGAGCAAUUUUCUCUGUGUUUACGGUAUGUUGACGAAGAUUCAUUUAAAAUUAGAGAAGAUUUUCUUAUGUUUGUUCCUGUACAUGAAGUUACAGGUUCAGCUUUAGCUAAAACGGUGUUGGAGACUUUAUCAAGUUUAGGUCUAGAUUUAAAUAAACUUAGAGGUCAAGGGUACGAUGGCGCAUCAGCCAUGCGAGGCCAAUUUAGAGGGGUGCAAGCUUGCAUUAAACAAAAACUACCGUUGGCCGUGUACACCCAUUGUUCUUCUCAUAAUUUAAACUUGUGCUUAUCAGAUGCAAGUAAAGUACCUUCUAUAAGAAACUGUAUGGGUAUUAUUAGUGAAGUGUAUGCAUUCUUUCACAUGUCAGCCCAAAGGACUGAAUUGCUCAAAUUAGCCAUUACUGAAUGUUGUCCUGAACAAAAAAAGAAGAAACUGAUAUCCCUUUGCGAAACACGGUGGGUCGAAAGACACGACUCAGUACUUUUCUUUAAAGAAAUACUGCAGCCAAUUAAUCUUGCUCUCUUAAAAAUCGAGGAAAAAAAUGUAAAAGCACAUGCUCUAAGCAAUUCUAUAAGUCAAUAUCAAUUUAUUGUUAAUAUUUUUGUUUUGAGCAACAUGCUUUCCUUGACACACAAUUUGUCUGAAAUACUGCAAAAGAAAAAUAUUGACCUUUCACAAGCUAUGAAAAGUGUGACAAAUAUUUUGGAGCUGCUGAAAAAACAAAGAUCAAAUGUAGAGGAUAAUUUCAAAGAACUGUACGUCCAAAUAAGAGAAUUUGCUAACAAAAAUGAUAUUAAAGAAGAAGUCCCAAGAACUUGUCGCCUUCAAGGAUCCCGUUGUAACGUACCUUACAACUCAGAAGAAGAGUACUAUCGGCGAGCAGUUUAUGUACCUUACCUUGACGAUUUUUGCAGUGCAUUGAAUGAACGUUUUGAAACCCAUAAGGAAUUAAUCUCAUCAUUGCAAUGCGUUCUUCCAGAAUUUUGCAUAAAAAGUGAGUUUUCAUCACUGGACUCUGCUUAUAAAUUUUAUUCAAAAGAUUUAUCUUUCAAAGAAAUCGUGCAGAGUGAAUUCAUGUUGUGGAAAGAGAAAUGGAUAAAAACAGAAGUUAUAAACCUGCCUAAAACAGCCAUUUGCUCUAUAGAAAGAUGUAACAAGAAUUUAUUUCCCAAUAUGUAUACCCUUUUAAAAUUGUUGGCAGUUCUGCCCGUUUCUGUUGCAACUGUCGAGAGGAGUUUUUCGACCUUACGAAGAUUAAAGACGUAUCUGAGAAAUACAACAUCUGAAACCAGAUUGAAUGGAUUGGCCUUGUUAUCCAUUCACAGAGACAUUUAUGUAAGUGAUGAGGAAGUUCUUAAUAAGUUUGCAAGUGUGCCGAGAAAUCUUGAUUUUGUCUUGUAA